UGAAUUAAAGGGGUUGUGAUGAGGCAGGAGGUCGUGUGUCUGUCGAGGAUGUAUGGAUGGUUAAAGCUGGCAGCUGGGGCUUCGUUCGGGGAGGAGCGCCUCCUCUAAAGCCAGCGGCUGUGUGGCGUGCAGCAGUUCAUCCUGAGCAGAGCAGAGCAGCGACACAACAGGGCGCAGCAUCAGGGACUCAAGGAAGAGGCACUCAGAGGCUCGAGCAAGCAUCAACCCAUAGCAGCCGUUCCUGUGGAUGGACAGUGCCGUCACCCAUGGCGUCACAGGAGUGUGUGGAUGCGAGAGACCCUGUCGUGGACAUUCCAAAUCCAGGAAUGGAGGGGGCUGCUGUGCCCAAUGGUGGUAAAACAUGUCCUGUCCACAUUCCAGGUGGGGAGGAUACCAAGAGGGGCUUCAGGAAAGGCAUAGGGAGGCAUAAUGACUACGUGAAGAUCUCUGUGCCUGAUUUUAAAGUCAGCCCUCUGCCCAUGGAGUGGUGGAAGACAAUAAUGGCCUUCUUUUAUGCUGGCUUCAACCUGGUUCUUACCACAGUCGUCAUCACUGUAGUCCACGAGAGGGUCCCACCCAAAGAAAGCAGCCCACCUCUUCCUGAUAAGUUCUUUGACUAUAUUGACAGGGUUAACUGGGCGUUCACUGUAACGGAGAUCAAUGGCAUGGUGCUGCUGGCCAUCUGGAUGAUCCAGUUGUUCUUCUUCAGAUACAAGUCAAUCGCAAUCAGACGCUUCUUCUUCCUCAUUGGCACCCUGUACUUGUACCGCUGUGUCACUAUGUACAUCACCACCUUGCCUGUACCUGGCAUGCAUAUGACCUGUGCUCCUAAGCUGCAUGGAGACUCCCAUGCAAAAAUCCAGCGUAUUCUGCAGCUGAUUUCCGGUGGAGGUCUUUCCAUUACGAACUCCCAUCUGUUGUGUGGAGACUUUCUUUACAGCGGACACACAGUGAUGCUCACGCUCACAUAUCUAUUCAUCAAGGAGUACUCGCCGCGGUCGUUUUGGUGGUACCAUCUGAUGUGCUGGCUGCUGAGUGCCGUGGGUGUGGUGUGCAUCUUGGUGGCUCAUGAGCACUACAGUGUGGAUGUGGUUGUGGCCUAUUUUAUCACCUCACGCCUGUUCUGGUGGUACCACACCAUGGCCAACUUGCAGAUACUGAAAUGCUCACCCAACAACUACCUCACCAACACCUGGUGGAACCCUCUGUUCAACUUCCUGGAGAGGAACGUCCAAACCGCGGUGCCAUGCUCAUACAGCUGGCCCAUCACUUGCCCUCCCGCCUGCCUCAAGAACCCCUGCAAGAAGUAUUCCAUGGUACAAAGUACACGAGAGGAGUGACAUCACAAAAGUGUUGCCUGAUAAUCCACCAAAUGUGUUAGUCCGUCUUGUCCAUUUGACAGGAGCAUAAUGGUAUCAAAUGCAUAGUUGUGACAGAAACAAAAAUGUGCCUAGAAGGAUAAUCCUGUUUUCUCAGUGUUCCACUGUAAUUUAUUUGUGAAAGUACAUUUUCAUCGUUUUUCUUUCCCUUGUGUUUUUUGUACUUGCAUCAGCUUUUUCAGACAUAAGAGAGCGGUUUAAAGGUUUCUUUCAGUAUUUGCAAGACUUUGGAUCUGCUACCAUAAAUAUUUGAUACUAUAUGUAUUGAUGGUGUUCACCUCAAUAUAACAUCAGUGUACUCAAGUCACAAGGUGCCUUAGUGUGUUAAAUGUCAUUGGAUGUACCAAAACUGCCAUUACGUGUCUUUGGGUUUAUUUUUAUUUGCUAUUAUUAUUAUUAUUAUUAUUAUUGUUAUUAUUUAGUAGCAUUGAGUGUGUAGCCUCAACAUUAUGUUGUAUUAAAAUGUAUCUAUACUAAG